AGGAAAUGUCUGAUGGUCUUGAUGAUUUCCCAUUCUUCCAAAAAAAAAUUUAAUUUUCCCCCAUUUCUUAACUAUUCCAGCACUAAUUUUUGAGAACUCAUGAGCUCUCUAAUUUUUCGGGGAAAUCGUGGAAAAACAACAUAAAAUUGUGGAAAAACUAAUGAUUUUCUCUAGUUUUGUUAUCAAUAAAAUGUUUGAAACAUUAUCCCGCGUGAGUGUGACCCAAAAAGUGACCUCAAGUUGCUGUGAUUUUAUUAGUGUGUCCCUUAAAGAGCAGCAUAAAUGUUUUUUUGAGAGAAAAUAAGAAAAAUAUUGUGAAAAUUGUGAAAAUCCAAUCGAAUCAUUCUUCAUUAAUUCAAUGGCUGGUGAAAAUAUGUCCCGGCUACUAUCGCUCGCGAGGAAAUUCAACGUCUUCUACCUGGAAGGUCUACCGCAGCGCAAUUGUCGACCUUUUCUCGUAGACGGAAAGCAAGUGGGGCUCAUUCGACCGGAUGUCCUGAAGCAACUUGUGCGGUAUCCAGAAGUCUUCAGUAUCAAGCAACUCAAUGCAGAUGAAUUUACGGGAUAUGUUGAACUGAAUCCCGCUUUCCGGGACUACACAGAACGCUCGAGGACAAUGGAUAAGGUGUUGAGGGAACUCCGGGAGAUGGAUGUUUUUGUAGCCCUAAAAGGUUGGCGCGAUGAGUUCUACGACGUGAAGACACGACAUUUGGCUCUUCUCAAGAUGGAUCGCUCCGCUACGUGCUUAUUCGGUGUAAGAAAUUACGGUGUGGAUAUCAAUGGGUACGUCAAGCACCCCAGCCGGGGACUCUGCAUAUGGUUGCAACAACGAUCAGAUACGAAACAAACCUGGCCAGGGAAAUGGGAUAAUAUGGUAGGCGGUGGCCUUUCAGUGGGGUAUGGAAUUAAGGAGACUGCCAUCAAGGAAGCCGCUGAAGAAGCCUCAAUCCCAGAACAUUUAACACGUAAUCUCGUUUCCGCGGGAUGUGUGUCAUUCUUCUUCGAAAGCGAACGCGGCCUCUUCCCAAAUACGGAAUUUGUGUUUGAUCUGGAACUACCGGCGGAUUUUGUGCCCAGCAAUUCUGACGGAGAAGUUCAGGCAUUUGAGCUGCUGCCAGCCAAAGAGUGCUACGAGAGAGUUUUCUCGCCCGAUUUCAAGACAACGAGCUGCCCCGUCGUAAUUGACUUCCUCAUUAGGCAUGGUGUUAUCACACCAGAGAAUGAGCCAAAUUUCACACAAAUUGUGGAGUUACUCCAUGUUCCUCUGCAGACUCUGUACGAGUUUGAUGUAAAACAAGUUACGGAGAAUCACGAGAAUGGCCAACGAAAUCCUCCAGUAUAAAAUGCGCGGAAACAGCUUGAGAAAAAAUGGUAAAAAAAAUACAAUUUUAUAUACCAUCUAAGACACAGAUUUUUUUAAAAAGAGAAAUUUCUUACUAUUAAAAAAAACAGUUGUUGUGAAAAAUUAUCUGUGCUUCUCUAGUGAGAUUGAUGUUGAUAUCUCUAUUUCUUUUUCUCUAAUUUAUAGUAUGACAGAAUCAUAAAAUGAUGAAAUCUGUAAGACAGAGAGAUUCAUGGACAAAAAGGAAUUUAUUUUUUUUAGAUUUUAUUAAAUUUUUAUAUUUUACUUUGACAUUUUGUAAAAAAAAAUAUUUUAUUUUCCAUAUUUAUAUUUAUUUUUUUUAAUACGCCAAAAUUUGCAAAAUUCUUUUUUUAUUAUUUAUCAAAUAAAAUAAAAUUGAUGAUUUAUUAAUUCCAUACUAUAAUAUAUCUAUAUAUACAUAGUUAGGCACCAAGAGGUAGUUUAAUUUAAAAGUAACAAAAAAAAUGAAAAAUAUUCCUUAAUAAAAAGUAAACUCAAGUAUUACUUAAUAAAAAAAAAGAAGAAAAAAAUAAUAUAUUACAGAGAGUUUAUCAUUUUAAGCAAAAUCCAAUAGUUAAAGGCCAUUUGCUCAGUUAAUGAAGCAAUUAAAAUAUUAUACCUAUACCUAAUAAAAUUGCCAAUUUUCAGAAAUUAAUCUAACUACUAAAAAAAACAAACAUAAAACGGAUCAUUUGCUUAUAAAAAAAAUCAAAUAAAAAAUAUUUUGCCAUUGUUUUUGCGAAUUAAAAAAAAUCUGUAUAUAGCACAAGAUUUUUCUCUCAGUCAGAAGAAUAUUUUUGAUGAAUAAAAGAAAAGAAAAAAAAACAUAACGUUGUGGAAAAAAAAUCGACAGAAUGUAGCACGACUGGUACGUAUAUGUAUGAAUAUUUAAUCACGCAACCCCACACCUUAUACAUAUUUAGGUGUCGCGCGGAUUUUUUUUAUUCACAAAAAAAAAUAAAGAGAAAAUGGUUUUCACUUCACAUGAAAUACCAACUAAUAAUAAUAAUUAAUAAAAUUAGUACUUAAUUCAUUUUGUUGCAAUGAAUACACAAUAUAUAGUGCUAUGAUGCUAAUAAAGUUGAAAUGAUGAAAUAUUUUUCUUUCCAAUACAAUAUUAUUUAAUAAAA